GCUCGCCUGGCUAAGGCUGCGCGGGGCUGCCUCCCUAGCUCCCAGCUCCGCAAGCCGCCUGCGGGUCUUGACCGCCGCGUCCGCGGCCCGAGGCGAAGGCAGAAGCUGACCCGAGGCUCGGUGGCGGGAGCGGAUCUCGGGAACGUGGCAACCUGUGCAUGGCUCGUGCAAGGAGAGGACUUUUGAGUCACUGUGAUGCCUAAGAAUCAAGUGUGACGUGUCUCCAGGUACUUCAUGGUGUUCUCCUCCGGCCUCUCCAUACCACUGCGCUACACAGCUCCUGAAACAUGGGGGAAAACGAAGACGAGAAGCAGAGCCAGGCUGGGCAAGUUUUCGAGAACUUUGUCCAGGCUUCCACGUGCAAAGGCACCCUCCAGGCCUUCAACAUCCUCACACGACACCUGGACCUAGACCCGCUGGACCACAGGAAUUUUUAUUCCAAGCUCAAGUCCAAGGUGACCACCUGGAAGGCCAAAGCCCUGUGGUACAAAUUGGACAAGCGUGGAUCCCACAAGGAGUAUAAGCGAGGGAAGUCCUGUAUGAACACCAAGUGUCUCAUCAUUGGGGGAGGACCAUGUGGUUUGCGCACUGCCAUUGAACUUGCCUACCUGGGGGCCAAAGUGGUUGUGGUGGAGAAGAGGGACACCUUCUCCAGGAACAAUGUGCUGCACCUCUGGCCUUUCACCAUCCAUGACCUGCGGGGCCUGGGAGCCAAGAAGUUCUAUGGAAAGUUCUGCGCUGGCUCCAUCGACCAUAUCAGCAUUCGUCAGUUGCAGCUCAUCCUAUUCAAGGUGGCCUUGAUGCUGGGAGUUGAAAUCCAUGUGAAUGUGGAGUUUGUAAAGGUUCUAGAGCCUCCUGAAGAUCAAGAAAAUCAAAAGAUCGGAUGGCGGGCAGAAUUUCUCCCUGCGGACCACUCUCUGUCGGACUUUGAGUUUGACGUCAUCAUUGGCGCCGACGGCCGCAGGAACACACUGGAAGGGUUCAGAAGGAAAGAAUUCCGUGGGAAGUUGGCUAUUGCCAUCACUGCCAACUUCAUAAACAGAAACAGCACAGCUGAGGCCAAGGUGGAAGAGAUCAGUGGUGUGGCUUUCAUCUUCAACCAGAAAUUUUUUCAGGACCUUAAAGAAGAAACAGGGAUUGAUCUUGAGAACAUUGUUUACUACAAGGACUGCACCCACUAUUUUGUCAUGACCGCCAAGAAGCAGAGCCUGCUUGACAAAGGUGUCAUCAUUAAUGACUACAUCGACACGGAGAUGCUGCUGUGUGCAGAGAACGUAAACCAGGACAACCUGCUCUCCUACGCCCGUGAGGCCGCAGAUUUUGCCACCAAUUACCAGCUGCCAUCAUUAGACUUUGCUCUGAACCACUACGGGCAGCCUGACGUGGCCAUGUUUGACUUCACCUCCAUGUACGCCUCAGAGAAUGCGGCCUUGGUGCGCGAGCGCCAGUCACACCAGCUCCUCGUGGCCCUGGUGGGCGACAGCUUGCUCGAGCCAUUUUGGCCCAUGGGCACAGGUUGUGCCCGAGGCUUCCUGGCAGCCUUUGACACAGCCUGGAUGGUGAAAAGCUGGGACCAGGGCACCCCUCCCCUGGAGCUGCUUGCUGAAAGAGAAAGUCUUUACCGGCUGUUACCUCAGACCACCCCGGAGAACAUCAACAAGAACUUUGAGCAGUACACGCUGGACCCAGGGACACGGUACCCAAAUCUCAACUCCAAUUGUGUCAGGCCCCAUCAGGUGAAGCAUUUGUAUGUCACCAAGGAGUUGCACCAGUGCCCUCUUGAGAGGCUGGGCUCGGUGAGGAGAUCGAUGAGCCUCUCCAGGAGGGAGUUAGACAUCCGGCCCAGCAAGCUCUUAACCUGGUGCCAGCAGCAAACCGAGGGCUACCAGCACGUCAACGUCACCAACCUGACCACAUCUUGGCGCAGUGGCCUGGCCCUGUGCGCCAUCAUCCACCGCUUCCGGCCUGAGCUGAUCAACUUUGACUCUCUGAAUGAAGAUGACGCUGUGGAGAACAACCAACUGGCAUUUGACGUGGCCGAGCGCGAGUUUGGCAUUGCCCCAGUGACCACAGGCAAGGAGAUGGUGUCAGCCCAGGAGCCCGACCACCUCAGCAUGGUCAUGUACCUCUCCAAGUUCUACGAGCUCUUCCGAGGCACCCCGCUGAGGCCUGUGGAUUCUUGGGGCAAAAACUAUGGAGAAAAUGCGGACCUCAGCUUGGCCAAAUCCUCCAUUUCUCAUAACUAUCUCAACCUCACAUUUCCAAGAAAGAGGACUCCACGGGUGGACACCCAGACUGAAGACAGCGACAUGAACAAACGGAGGCGGAAAGGCUUCAACAACCUGGAUGAGCCUUCAGCCUAUCCCAGCCGCAGCCUGCGCUGCAGUCCAGAGGGCGGCAGCGGGAGAGAAGGGGGAGGCCAGAACAAGGUCAAGUCCAUGGCAAGUCAGCUGCUGGCCAAGUUCGAGGAGAGCUCUCGGAACCCCUCGCUCCUGAGGCAGGCAAAGAAGUCACCUUCAGGUUUCCAUUUCCAUCCCAGCCACUUAAGAACAGUGCGGCCUCAGCUGACGGUAGGGAAAGUGUCCAGCGGAAUAGGGGCUGCAGCUGAAGUCCUGGUCAAUCUGUACAUGAAUGAUCACAGACCUAAGACCCAGGCCACCUCUCCAGACCUGGAAUCCAUGCGGAAGGUGUUCCCCCUGAACCUGGGCGGCAGCGACACCUGUCACUUCUGCAAGAAGCGCGUGUACGUGAUGGAGCGGCUGAGCGCCGAGGGCCACUUCUUCCACCGAGAGUGUUUCCGCUGCAGCAUCUGCGCCACCACCCUGCGCCUGGCCGCCUAUGCCUUCGACAGUGACGAAGGCAAGUUUUUCUGCAAGCCUCAUUUCAUUCACUGUAAGACCAACAGUCAGCAAAGGAAGAGACGAGCAGAGCUGAAGCAACAAAGAGAGGAGGAGGGACCGUGGAAAGAGCCAGAGGCCCCUCGGCGAGACACUCCCGUGGAAAGUUCUUGCGCAGUUGCUGCUAUUGGCACGCCCGAAGGCAGCCCUCCAGCAGAUGAGCCAACCUCCCCCAAGAAGCCCAAGAGUGUCCUGGAGCCAGAGCCCAGUGAUAUGGAAGGUGAAGCCACCUCUCUCCUGCCCUCUGAGUGGACCUCAGUGAGGAUCAGCCCUGGGGAGAACGUAGUUGGAGAAGACAUGAUGGCUGUGCGUGUCCUGGUCACCAGUGAUGACAGCAGCUCCGAUGCAGAGCCAGACAGCCCCAGCAGUGAGGCAUCCGGUGCACAGCCCUGUGAGGAGAGACCCCGGCGGCCAGAACGCCCACCCCUCCCGGAGCCCCUCACCAGGCACAGCUCCCUGAGAGAGGCCCCAACCAGGAAAGUCUCUUCACAGUGCCCUGAGGAGUCACAAGCUGUGCACGCUCUGCAACGGGCCAGUAGCUUCCAGUCUCCACCUCCCAGCAAAUACCAGAGCUGGAGAAGAAAAUUCCAGUCGAGUUUGACGCCAGUGAACAACAAAAGAACUAUGUCACCUUCAAAGGAAGCUGCUCCUCUUUCUUCUUCCUCGUUGUCUUCUCCCUUAUCUUCCACGCCAUCUUUUUCUUCAGCCAGUGUCCCAGGGAAUGCUCUGGAUGGCUUCUCCCUACCUCAGGUGACAGCUAACAACCUGCCCUCACAGGUCUUAAGAGGUCACUCCAGCCCUUCCACUCCAAUCUUUCUGAGGCGUGCCAGAGCCCAAGGGUUACCCAAGGACAUGCCCCUGUAUCUGCCUCACGGCCAAAUGCUGGAGCAGGCAGAGUACCGCAUGGUGAGGCCUGGUGGAGAUGGCCUCGCCAGCCCCCAGCCGCCCAGCCUUGGAGAGAUGGCUUCUGAUGGGUGUCAGGAAGCAGAGGCCCCUCUUGGGGAUACCAGAAGCAUCCGCAGAGGCCCUCACCCCACUGGAGGGAAAGACAGGUGCUUGCCAGACCAAGAGCUAUCUCCCAGGGCUGGAGAGGACCCAGGAGAAAAGAACACCGGACCCAGAAGGGGAGAGGAGGACGGGUCAGAGCUGGAAGAGGGGAAGAAGCUGGGCUUGAAGAAGUUAGUCCUCAUUCCGGAGCAGAAGACAAAGCUGCUGGACUGGAACCAUUCCAUCCCCGAGAGUAUGAGCCUGGAAGCUGGGGCACAGUGUGCCCAGAGAAGUACUGACAAUGGUAGGGGAGGCUGUGUGCUGAAACCAGUUAGUCCCUUGCUGUUCCCCCGGACAGCGAGAGAGACCCCACCCACCCAGGGAAGGGCUCAGGAGAAGACAGGGACCCCAGCUGAACGGGCUCCACCCAAGUCCCCACUUCGGCUCAUAGCAAAUGCCAUCCGAAGGUCCCUGGAGCCCCUCCUCCCCAACUCUGAAGGUGGGAGGAAGGCCUCUGCCAAGCCAGAAUCAAAGACUUUGCCCACCAGCCAGCCGCAUGCUUGCACUCACUCCUUCAGCCUUCGCAAAACCAGCUCCGGUAAAGACGGCAGCCAGCAGUCCCCGGGGAAAGACAUGGCGAGCAGGGCCUCAGCCUUCUUCACCUGGGGCUCCCCACCUGCCAGGGCUGCCCAGCCCUCGUACCCGCGCCCUCCUGACCUUGCCCUCCGCACCCGUAGUUUGCCCAACCAACCGUCCAAGGUGUUUCCUGCACUCAUGACCCCGCCCUGCCACAAGAUGGAAGAUGUCCCCACACUCCUUGAGAAAGUGAGUUUGCAAGAGACCUCCCCAGACGCUUCUAGGGUUCCAAAGGGAAAAAUCUCACUCUUUACCUCCUUCAGACUCAAAGACAAAUCUUUUGAGAGUUCCCUCCAAGAAUCCAAACAAAGAAAGCACUUCCAGGACCUCUUUAGCACCAGCAGGGGGGCGGGGGUGCCGGCGGACAGCGCCCAGCCCCUGGAGAAGUUGGCACAGCCUUUCAGUAGUACCUGCCUGGGGCAGAGGGUCCAUCCUGCUUCUCCAGACAAAGAUGCAAGUCCCAAACACAUCCCUAUCCGAGUGCAGGUGCCAGGGGCCGCCUCCUCUACCUCCUCCACCAGCCCCUCCUCUGCAGAUGAAGAUUUUCAUCCCCAGCCUUCUUUACGGUCAAAGGAGAGGAAGACACUCAGAAGAAGAAGGAAGCUGGAGAAAGCAACAAAACAAUUGGUUAAGCAAGAAGAAUUGAAAAGACUUCAUAAAGCUCAGGCCAUCCAGAGGCAGCUGGAGGAGGUGGAGGAGCGCCAGAGGGCUUCAGAGAUCCGAGGCAUGAGGCUGGAGAAGGCGCUGAGAGGAGAAGCAGAUUCAGGCACACAAGAUGAAGCACAGCUUUUGCAGGAAUGGUUUAAGCUGGCUCUGGAGAAGAAUAAAUUAAUGCGAUAUGAGUCGGAGCUACUGAUCAUGGCCCAAGAAUUAGAAUUGGAAGAUCGUCAAAGCAGACUGGAACAGAAAUUAAGACAGAAAAUGCUCAAGGAGGAGAGCCAGAAAGAUGAGAAUGAUCUGAAUGAGGAGCGAGAAAUAUUCAGCGAGAUGAUGCAAGCGAUUGAACAAAGGGACAGACUCGUGGACUCCUUGGAGGAACAGCGCAUAAAAGAAAAGGCUGAAGACCAGCACUUUGAAAGCUUCAUAUUCUCCAGGGACUGUCGGUUGAGCAGGACAUGAGCAGGCCCAAGGCGCUCCCCACCCAGGGUGCCGGCUGAGGACGGAUGGGGCCAGGCACACCCCACUCACUCACAGUUCCUUUGGCAGGAUCUGCCGUACCUAGAACUUAAGGGAUACCCUAUUGCCAUCUUUUCUUAAACACUAAAAUUCUUCCAUACGGAGUACAACUGCCCGAGACCCUUCCAGAGAUUAUAAUGAAGAAAAUACAAAGACUGUUAGGAGAUCGGCAGUCCCUUUGGCAGGUCUCACACUGGAGGUGACCUUGGCAGAUGAACAGCAUUGUUUUCCCAAGAAAGUGACACAGAGAGCGACUUUCCUGCUGCCUUUAUCAUUUAUCUUCCCAAUUCAUUGAGUUACACAUCUUCAGAUUUUUAAGAAGCUGCCUUUUCAUUAAAUAUAUCCAUAUUUGCCUUUUUUUGCAUGGAUGACCGGUUUCCAAAUGUCAGAAAGAAGCAGCCGCAGUUUAAAGAUUAGGUUAAUAUUUAAAUUGUGUUUGCAGAGAAAAAGGAGAAACCUUGAGAUUACUGAUUACAUAAAGCAAAUAACUCAUAUAGCAGGUGUUAAUUCAAUCCAGGGUGAAUUUAAUUUACCAGUUGUAUUUAUAAGCCUUAAUAUAAUAUACAUAAGCAAUGAGAAUUUAAUACAACAUUUGCACCUUAAUUUUAUUUAAAAAAAAAAAAGGAAAGAAAACUUUGUCCCUGGGAAAAAAAAAAAGCAUUUCUAGAAAAUGAAUAGUUUUCCAGUGCUUUUUUAUAUAACUGUUGGUGAUGGCAAAAAGGGAAACUCAUUUGUUGAUAAAGUAUCAGUGAGGCUGGUGCUGUUACUGAAAACACACCCAUUAGUGAUCCAAGGUGAGAAUGCUUCCUGAAGGCAAUCUUCUCAGGUCUAAAGAGAAGCGUCUCCCACACUCUCUCCAGGGAUUCCCCAGGAACUCCACGGGACAAGGACAAAACCACUUCUGACUUCACUGGGAGCUGAGUGCCGUGAUCCCAUUUACAAUGCAGGGACCAAAUCCCAAACUGGGUCAUGGAUUUUUUUAAAUGACAUUUUCAGUGUGAAAAGAAAGCCAGGAGAUAGAGUUUUGUGCACUGGCAAGGGAUUCCUGGGCCCUUCUGAUGGGUCAUAUGGGAACCAAAGAAAACUGAUCUGUUUUACAUAGUGAUCUGUUGUCAGAAGGUAUUUGAUUGUUUUUCCCUCAAUGGGAUUCUUUGAAGAUUCAGUCUGUCACUGACAAGAGACAGACUGAGGAACUCUUUGUUAUAUGUUUGGCCUCUCUCAUUUCUGCAAGUGUGUAAAUGUGUCACUGAACAGAAGGUGCUGUGCAACAGUUGGCUCUGACCAGAGACCUGGCUCUCCUCAGUAUAAGUUGACCAUGAACCACUUCUGUCUGAGAUGCUGUCCGCACACGCCAGUCUGGCCAGCCAACAAGCCAGAAAUGAGAAAUGUAACUGGAUUUUCCAAGCCCGCCAACAUUUGGGGUGGGGUUAAAUGCAACCUUUCUGUGGCAUACCAAAUUCCAAAGGUUGCGGUUCUCUUUUCCUUUCUACUUUCCUUCCUUCAUCUUCCUUUUUCCUUUCUUUUAAAAAAGAAUCAGACCUUCUAGUGCAUGAAUUCUUCUAUGAGGGAAUAUGUGCAAGCAUCUAUCUAUCAAAACUGUGCCAUUUACGGCUGUUUAUUCUUAUUUAUUUAUAUAUGUGGUGGAAAUUGCUAAUAUGAUUUCCUCCUAAUUCUGGUUUUCCUGCGUUAUACCACUGGCAUUAAGAUAUUGGUAUAUAAGCUAUUUAACAUACAAAUAACCCAGAUGUUUGGGGCAGUGAGUUGUAUAGUAUUAAAGAUUUAUGGAGGUAGUUAAAAUAAUAUUUUCAGUCAUUAUGUAUUUAAAGGUAAGACUACAGAUACUCAGGACUUUUAUUUGAAGAAAAAUUCAUUUAAAUAAAAAAGAUAUAGAACUUCAGUUUUUAUUCUAGAAUGUUUAGAAGUAUCCGAACCCAGUCUUUUCUGUCAGUUACAUGAAAGUGCGCUACUUGGUGCUUGCGUACAUUUAACAGAGGAUGCUCCCAUGUAUAGUGUCUGGGUUGUUAUUAUACAAAAGAAUUAAUUGCCACUUAUUUUAAUUUGUUCUGUUUUUAUCUAAAAGAAAGAUUCUCCCAAGAGGGCCAAGAAAGAAGGUGUUUCUUGGCCCUACUAUUCUGUUAAUAGAUGAGAGAAGCAAUUUGUUCACUUUCUCUUCCAAAGACUAUGUUCUGUGGUUUAAGGCUGAGUCUUAUCUGGCCAAGUUGAAACAUAAACCUCAUAUGUAACAGCCUUCUACUUACACCGGCUUUCAGCUUAACAGUACCUAAAACCAUUCCAAUGAACACUUCGAAAAGGACACAAAUAAUGUGGCUGUUGAAUUAUUUUGAAUAGUUCCAUUCCUUAUUCACAAAUAAAGAAUGUUCUAAGACCCUCAAAAUGUAAAAUACUGUACAUUUUAAAGACAGGUUUUUUUAAUGCAAUACGAAUAGGAUUAUGAUGAAAAGAACUUCUUCUGUCCCAUAAAAGAACACUCAUGAUCAAAGCUGGACAACGUAAGACUCUGGGUGAUACAUAAAGCCCCAGUCUCAGAUCAUAUUCUAAACGCAGGCUCACACAGCUUCUAAGUUAAACUAAAGGGCUCAUGAUAGUUGCAAGUUAAGGAUUUUACUUAAGAUGGACUGAGAGGACAGUUCUUAAGCUUGCUCUUCCAAACCAUUCAUUUGUUGAUCUGUUUGUUUAACAAACAUUCUCUGAUUGCCUAUGGGGUCGUGCAGCCCCAGAGUAGGGGCUGGCAUAGAGGGAGGAAUAUUAGUCCUCCGCUCCACCCAAAAACAAAUGCAAAGAUAAACAAGUACUACUCCCAAAUAAAUACAAAAAUAAAGAACUAUUUUUAUUAUAAGCAUCAGCCUAUUCUACUCACAUUUAUCUCAAGCGUAAAGACUUUUACUCCCAACAAUUGCAGGGCUUCUUUGGCAAUAAAAAUAAGUUCGUUUCUAAAACUGUGGAAAAUAGUGUCAAGUUUUACCAUUUCAUUUAAACCUUUACUUUGGCAGUGCUAGGCUGCUUGGAAGCAAUCAAUGCUGAGAUGCAGCAUGUUAAUUGCAACUGAGAAAGGAAGUGGCAGGUGUUUCCAACUCUGAUGAGCUGCAAUGAAAUUGAUGUUUUCUGCAUUCUGGAGGCACAUGACAAUUCAGCAAUGUCUGUCUUCCCAGGAAGCAGAUUUACGGGCUUUUCCUUCCAAACUGAAAAUGGCAGCGAGUCCCACCCAGGUGGCUGAUCAGAGAACUACCCCAGCAGGGCAGAGGUGGCAGGGGGUAGCUGGGGCUGCCACAUGAACAGAGAGAGUGGCAGUCGUUGGAUGCGGUGAGCUCGAAUGUAGUUUACUGUAAUAGGAAGGUUCACGUACAAGGGAGCGUGUACUAUCUCACCUACUGUUUAUCUUCUAACCUCACUGCUGUGUAGCUUGUAAGAGAUUAAUUUGCUCCGACCAUUGGGAACUAUUCAUGUGGACUGAAAUGCAUUACAUGUGCACUGCUAUAAAUACUGAAAUGAACCAAAAAUAAAUGGUUUUCUGUUAAA